UCUUUCCAUAGGUGUGCUACGUUUCUGGGUCUGCAUGUGGUUUGUGCCAUCAUGGAGAUAUCUGCAGCUUUGAUUGCUGUUCCUCUGGGCGUCCUCUUCAUUCUUACAGGCCUAAUUGUCAACCUCCUUCAGGCAAUUUUCUUCAUCCUUGUUUAUCCUUUGUCUAAGAGAGUAUAUAGACGGAUUAACAAGCUACUCAUGGAAUUGUUAUGUUCGGAGUUCAUGUGGCUCUUUGACUGGUGGGCAGGUGUUAAGGUUCAGUUGUACACCGACUCCGAAACUUUUCAAAUAAUGGGUAAAGAGCAUGCAAUUGUCAUUUGCAAUCACAGGAGCGACAUUGAUUGGCUCGUUGGAUGGGUCUUAGCUGAGCGGUCAGGUUGCCUUGGCAGCGCAGUGGCUCUCAUGAAGAAAUCUAUAAAAUUUCUCCCAGUCAUAGGUUGGGCUAUGUGGUUUUCUGAUUACAUCUUUCUGGAAAGAAGCUGGGCUAAGGAUGAAAGUAGUUUGAAGUCUGGUUUCCAACAACUGGAGGAUUUCUCUAUGCCUUUCUGGCUGGCUAUUUUUCCAGAGGGAACUCGCUUUACACAAGCAAAGCUUCAAGCAGCUCAAGAGUAUGCUGUUUCAGCUGGGCUACCCGUCCCCAGGAAUACUUUAAUUCCCCGUACCAAGGGUCUUGUUUCAGCUGUAAAUAAUCUUCGGUCAUUUGUUCCUGCAAUAUACAAUACUACAGUGGCAGUUCCUAAAGAUGAGCCUUCACCAACAAUGCUGCGAAUAUUGAAGGGGAAACCCUCUGUGGUACAUGUGCACAUCGAACGAGUUUUAAUGCAAGAAUUGCCAGAAACUGAUGUUGGCAUUGCACAGUGGUGUAAAGAUGUUUUUGUUGCCAAGGAUGCUUUAUUGGACGAGCACCGUGUCAAGGAUACAUUCGUCCACCAAAAAUGUCAGGACAUUAGCAGACCAAAGAAGUCCUUGCUUAUUUUUCUGUCUUGGUCAUGCCUGCUUAUCUUUGGCAUUGUCAAAUUCCUCCAAUGGUCUUCGCUUUUGUCAUCGUGGAAAGGCCUUGCAUCUUCGGGAGCAUUCUUGGCCCUCGUGACGAUCACAAUGCACAUCUUUAUUUUAUUUUCCCAGUCUGAGCAUUCUACCCCUGCCAGAACAUCCACAUCAGACUCAAUGAAGGAAAGCCUUCUCCCAAAAUGAUGGAGGAUGAACAAAAAGAAAUCAUGACCAAUGACUGCAAUUCUCCAAAUGCCACUGAGGCCUUGUCUGUGGUCUGGAAAAUAUAUGCUGCUUGUUUGGAAACUCGUGAAUGCCUCGCCAAAAGGAUAGAACAAACUGUUUAUGGGGUGGGAAAUGCAAUACAGGGACAUAGGAUAUACCUUAGAACGUGUCACUAGGAUUGUCUUUUGAUCUGUUGAAAAAGAAAAAGAACAAUAUUUUUUUCGUUUAUUCAU